AUGGAGAGCGAAAAAUUCAUCGUCCCCGGUACACCCCUUCCUAGGUGUUGGGCUGUAGCGGAACCGCCCACGGCCGACCCUUCCUUAAUCACGUACAAUCCCACGGGUAUCUUCGCGUUCGUGCCCGAUGAUAGAGGUAGAAGUGGUGAUAUGCAUGGCCAUGAGAAACCGAUCUACAUCUUAGCAUUCAAGACCGAAGAUGGUACAGUGGUCUACCGUCACGAUGUCGUGAAUACGUGGACGAGCGUACUCGUACGGACUCUCGUCUCACACUCGGUCGUACAUACCACUCGAAAAAACUAUCCUCAACCUACUGCCGAAAGUCAACGAAUUAUAGAGCAAUCUCAGAUGGACUGUGAAAAAUGGCGAGUAAUCUUUCAUGAAAUCAACUACUCCAUUUUGGCGAUCAUCGGAUUCGAACAAGAGGGUCUACUACCUUUACGAUGGAAGACCAAAGGUUUAUUCGACAAGCAUAACAUAGAAAAUUACCCCAAUCGGCUCACGGCUGGAUCUCGACCUGCUCUUCUGACCACUGCGUUUCUCGACCUUUGUGCCGAUACAAAUCUGCGUGAAGAGGCAGACAGAUACCCUCAAGGUCUUAGUAGACUGUUUGAGGAAGAUGGAGAAGUGGGAGAGAAGGAUAUCUGCUCUCGUCUCCGAGGGCCAAUGGUCGACGAUGAAGUUAUCCGAAAGCUGAAGCUUCUUUCCGCAUCUAUCGACUGGGGUAACCGAUCUAAGGUUCAAAACCCAGAUCAUGUCAGGCAGACACUUGAUUUACUGAAAGAGAUUCGAGAGACGGUGGACCACCUUCUGGGUCUGUACUGCUUCUCGCUUCUCGUCAGAAUUGGUUAUUUUGUGUACCUAGCAAUUGUACGAUGA